AUGCCUCGCCCCGGCGGCGGUGUGUUUGGCAGGAAUGCUGGGCCCGUCCUAGAGAUCCAGCCCAGUUCGCCAUUCAUUGUCUUCUAUGGAGAGUCGUCGGAAGCGCAGAGUACAGAGCUUACUGGGAAGCUCAUACUCAAUAACCCAGAGUCCAUGUCCGUCAAGAGCAUACGCAUGACGCUGCAGGGCACGCGCAAGGUAGCCUGGCACACGACCAACACGGUCACCCCGCAGCCCAUAUCGCAAAAGACGAAUUUCCUCCUCGAGAACCUCAGUCUCUUCCCCGUAGACGGUUCGAAAAACAAGGCGCACAAGAUCAAUGCCGGUGUACACGAGUGGGAGUUCAAGUUCAAGAUGCCCUCUACGCUUGACGAGAGCGUCGAGGGGCUGCCCACAAACUGGAUCGUCUACAACUUGAAAGCGACCGUGGAUCGGGGCUACAUAAGCAAGCCAUUGAGUGCAUGUUCGCAUAUCCGAGUCAUCAGGACGCUAGGUCGCGAUCUUAUGGAGAGCGUGCCUAUGGAGCAGAUCAACGAGGAUAUCUGGGCGUCCAAGAUCGCAUACAAAAUCACCGUUCCUCAGAAGAACUACAUCGUCGGCACCUCAAUAACCGCCGAUUACGUCCUGAUUCCGCUCCGUAAAGGAGUCGAAAUCGCGAACAUAAAAAUGGAACUGAUAGAGUCGAGGCAGCUCUUUUGCGACUACGCUGGACGACGAGUCUCACAUACCACUGAAGUCCAGGUGGCGUGCACAGAGGGAUUGAUGCCAGAGAAUUCCAAAAACGUAGUCCCUGAGGGGGUCGAGGACGCCGACCAGCUGUUUGAUGAAUGCCACCGCUUCUCUAUGACCUUGGAUCUUCCCAAAUCCUUGAAGAACUGCAGGCAGUCUGUAGACACCGAGAACAUUCGCAUUUCGCAUAAACUGCGCUUGUACGUCAACCUACACAACCCGGAAGGCCAUACGAGUCAGCUGCUGGUGAAGAACCACGUACAUCUUUUCAUUUCGCCCAAUCUGCCGCCAGGAGAAGAUCAAUCUGUCUUGGUCGACCCGGAAGUUCUGUCACAACAAGCAGUGCAGGAUGAAGUCAACCAAAACGCACCUCCUACCUACGGGUUGCACCAGCUCGAUUCCCUGUACAACGACAUUGAUCCUAGCGGAUUCAUGACUCCAGGUGCCCACGCAAGCUACGGAAGUAGCGGCGCAACCACACCUUUCUACGCUCAGAGUAGGUCUGGUUCGGCGGAAGACUUGGCAUCGCUGAAUGCCAUUGCUGGUGGUGGCGCUUCCGCAACGGCUCUGCAGCAUCGCCUUCAAAAUCUGAACCUGAACUCGCAAGGCAGCCAUUCACGCUUGAUACCUACCCGGCAUCACUCGUCUGGGGGUAACACCCCACUUUCGCGGCCAGACGGUGUCAAUCACACGCCCCCAACUGGGUACUUUGACCUUCACCAAGAUUACGACAUGGAAGCGCUGACGCGCACGCCCUCGUACAAUACCGCUGUCCGGACACCCGCUCGAACUCCCAUCUCAGAGGACCUGCCCAGCUACGAAAUCGCGACCUCCAGACCAUCGAGCCCUAGUAGGACGCCCACAAGCAGAGGCACGACUCCCAGCCCGGCUCGCAGUCUAGACACACUGCGAGAGGAGACAGAGAGGAACACGGCCAUCAACAGUCGGAGAGAGUCUCCGCGGCACAGUGGCGACGGAAGGUAA